AUGCGGACGUUUUUACCUGCAGUAGCAGAGCAGCUUUUUCGAGACAUUCAGAAAAUCUACGAAGAGACGACUCAAAUACCUGAUGAUCUACUUAUUGCGCUGAAGUUUGUCUUCGGGACUUGUGCGCUGCAGGCGUUGGACCUGGUUGACCAGCGCUCCGUCACGUGUCUGUCCUCUCCCAGCGGUCGAAAAGCCUUCCAGGUCAUUGGAGGCUCGGGACGUUUGUACACUUGCUUCUUGUCCUGUCACUACUGCCCCUGCCCAGCGUUUACCUACACCGUCCUACGCAGAAACCAAGGUCUGCUGUGCAAACACAUCCUGGCCGUCUACCUGUGUCAGGCAAUGGCUGUGACGCAACAGGAGAGUGUCUCUGAUCAGCAGAUGUCCGCGGUGCUGAGCGGGACCGAGGGCCCGUAGCAGCCCCCGCUGUAUUUAUCUGAAAGAUAACAGAUUCUACUCUGUUUUCUUUUAGAAAUAUUCUUGAUCUCAAAUACAUACAGCUUUAUUUUUAGUUGCUUUUUAUCUUCCUAUCCAUCAUUUAUGGAGUGAGAGAACAUCUGGACACCGAGGUCACUUCCAAACCAUCUCACUGCACAGUCAUGAUUUUUUCUCAUACGCUGCUACUAAAUAUAAACUUGUUGCUACUUUAAAAUGUGGGAAUAAAAUCCAACCGUACCAAUAUAAACAUUGCCUUUAUUAACAAAAUAAUUCACCAUACAUACAGAUUGCAUCAUGUUAAACUGUUGUAGUUUUGUGUUGAACAAAUGAACUUUUGCCUCUGGAAAACGUUUGACCACAGUGGAGGCAUUUUUCCUGAUUAGUAACAACAAGAUGGCACACAGACAAAUGGAUACUUGGGAAUGAAAGGCAGGAAUGUUGAACUUGCCAUUGUUCGCAUUACCUUUUAAAAUGAAAAUAAAAAAUCAAGGCAACAGUUUGACAUCAAGCAGAAAGCCAGACAGCUACAGUACUUAUUGUCACACAUCAGUCAACAAAGACGAUAAGAUAACGUUACAGUGCCGUUACAGUAUAGAUGUCUCCAUUGGAAUGUCUCUAAACGUUGCGACACUCCUGUGUUUUAGCCCUUGAAAUCAGAUAGAGGUGGAAAUCAAGAAACGCAGAAAGACAGCAGCAGCAUAGACCGAGGGCUGCACAGCAGAGCACUUAUUUUACACCAGUGAAGCACACCAAACCAGGAAAUUAAAAUGUCAGUGCAAUGUUCAUUUGAAUAGUGAUGACUGUCAGGUGACUUUAACGCCUUCUGGUAGUUCAUGGAUGGCGUGACUUUGCAGAAAGACCUUCUUAUGCAGCUUAAAAGCUUAUCUUUGAAUUAUAAUAAUGCCUCUGUGUCUAAAAAUAUUUACUUUUCACAAUCUCCCUUACUGGAAUCUGGAUUUACUAACCUGUUUUUGUUGGCACACAUAACAUUACUCGGCUGAGUUAAACUUUAUCUUAAAGAUUCAAAUCGUUUGUUUUCUGAAAUCAAAUGGCUUGUGUCUGUUCUGUCUGUGGUUUUUAAGACAGACUGUGGGCGAAGGUUUGUAGCAAGCCCAACUCUUAUACCCAAAGCAAUGACAGCUAUGAAGUCUUAUGCAAGCCGCUAGAGGGACUUGUGACCAGAACCUGGUCGACGUGGAGUUACGUAAAGGACUCUGACUUGAGGUGUCAUCUUGCAUGAUGUCAUCGUGAAGCAGCUAAAAAGGCUCAAUGCUGACUCAAAGUUAGUUUAAAGGGUACAAUUCGUUUUCCACUUCCUGAGCUUACUAAGUCUGAAGAAAUGCACAUCACUGUAGGUGAGUUUUGCAGCUAAGCCAACUGUGCCACUUCCUGUGGAACACAUACGAAGGUGACAGUUUGGUUUUUAGUGGUUUCAGUAAAAUGCAAGGCGAAGAAAAGUGACUUGUCUCUUAUUAGUUAUUCAUCCUUUAAAAUAUACAUAUAUUUAUAUUUUGAAAGUGAGUUUCUGUUAACAGGUUAUAAACAAUCUUUGCAUUCCCUAAAUUUAGUAUAAAUCCAGAUUAAUUUGUCCGAUAGGCUAAAGCUAAUGGCUAGUACGUUGGAGACAAAAGCAAGACUUUAAUAAUUUAAAAACAACUCUAGCAUAAAAUAAUCAGUUGUUUUCGUCAAAUACUAUUUAGGAACAGUUACUCUGCUGUUAAGGUUUCUUGGUUUCUGCUAGGUUAGCCGUUAGCUUAAUUGUCCAGGAAGAACACUGUCUAAACCUGUCUAAAAAUUCAAGAUGUUAAGUUAUUUACAGCAGGUAAGUUGCUAACUUUGAACCAACAUUUUUACAGUCAAACUGAUGAAAAUAAUUAAUAACCCCAAUUUUAGACCCUAAAAUAUCUUUAAAAUGCACAAACUUACAAUAUUAAGUAAUUAAUUGAGGGGUUUCCUAACCUUUUUUACGUUUUUUCCCCAUUGCAUUUAGAUUGGUGUAUAUGUAUAUUUAGAAAUAUUUGGACAUAAGACAUCACAACAACAUUUUUUUUGUUACAUCUUGAUCAUUCAGAUCCUAUUUAUGGAGUUUGACCCUCGACCUGGUUAAGGUUUAGAAUUAUAUUCAUUUUACUUUGCUAUCUCUGGGUUAGGAUAAUAAAAUCAAAACAUUCACUACAGUUACUAACCAGCAGCUGCUUGGGUUGUAUAUAAAUGACAAGUUAGGCUUUGAUGCUUUGAAGAUUUUAAGGGCAAUUAAAGUAGAUAGAAAAUGAAAUGAAUUAUCAUUCCUGUACAUCUUGAUUUUAGAUAAAACUCGUCUUGAAAAUGUUUUAAAUGUAAUUUAAUGAACUCCUGUUAAGCAGUACCUCACAAUUGAAAAAAGACCAUACUGUCCCUUUAUUUGAAAAUUUUUAGCACUCUCCAAACUUGGUGCUUUUUUAAUGAACCAUGAGGUCAGCUUGUCUGAGCAAACUAUUGUGUACUAAUGAAUGAUAUGCAAAGAUACACACUUUCACCUCAAUUGCUUCCUUCCGAAUUAAAUUCAUAAAACUAGGCUGAAGAAAAUGUGUCCUCCUCUCAGCAGAUAGAAGAAGCAAAGAUCUGUGAGCUGCAGAAAACCCACAGGUAAGAAUAGCUACCACUGAACCUUUCUUUAGCUCCACAAGUACAGAUGUAGCCCACACACGCACACACUCACGUUUGUUUGUUUGAUCAAUACAUUCUCAAAGACAAGGUCUUGUAAUAAAUAACUUACUUUAACACUGGCACUGAAUGUCGAGAGUAUAAAAAACAGCAGGGCACAAAAAGAGGAGUGUUUAGUUGGAACAGGGUGAAUUCAGAACAAUAAAUAGCAUCUUGAGUUUGUAUCCUCACAGUCCUACAAAUCCAGUUAGCUUCAACUAUUUAAACAAAACUCCUUCAAUAACAACA